AAAUAUUUUCAUUGACCUUUAUAAUGUUAUAACUAAUAUAAAAUUUAGGUGUUCCUUCUUUCUCUUUUUUUAGGCUUAAGGGUUAGAAGUAAUAUUAAUCAACUAAACCAUGAAAGUUUUUACCAUAAUCAUUACAUUCUCUAUUAUGUUAUCCUUCUCACAUGCAACACCAACAUUGGUCACUCUCCUUCAAUCUCAAGUGAAUCAAUCUUCAACUUUUAAUCUUACCCACCAACUACAAAUUAAUGAGAGCAGAAUGAUGGGAAUGGGAAUGUGUCCUUACAAGAUCAGUAUAAAGACAAGUUGCAGUUCUCCAAUAUAUUCAAAAGAUGUAAUCGGUCUUCUAUUUGGUGAUGCUAAUGGUGAAGAGAUUACAGUGGUAAGAGUGGAUCGUCCCGAGACUGAGAUAUUGGAGCGGUGCAUGACGCUUACAUUUGAUGUAUUGGGAAGUUGUAUUGGCAAAAUCUGCAAAAUGUAUGUAGCUAGGGUUGGAUCAGAUGGUUGGGUUCCAGAAACUGUCACUGCAUACCAUGGAAACUACCCACCUGCCAUAUUCAACUACGACUACUUCAUUCCUGAGGGUAACCGCUAUGGCUUCAAUUAUUGUGAUCAUAAAGUUUAGUGUUACAUUCCUUAAGCACUUGUCUUUCAUUUUUUAGACUAAAAAUAUAAGUAUGGAACUAAGAAAUAAAGUUUUCUCUUCUAGA